CUGAUGUCAACGCGGGACGCCCAAAACGCAUUCCACGCAUCUAGCCGAACCUCAUGGUCGGCUAACAUUCCUCUGCAAAGCAUAAAAGUGUCGUAUGACACGCAUGAUCGCCCAAGCUCCCGGCUCUCCUACUUGUUCCAUUGUGAACGUACACCCUACUCUAUGUCGGAGCAGAACACGUUCGCGCCCCGAGUGGCGAUAGUGACCGGCGCGGCGCAGGGCAUUGGCGAGGCCAUCGCACUCCGCCUCGCAGAUGACGGGCUCGACAUCGCUGUGAACGACAUCGAGUCCAAGAGAGAACAACUCGCGUCGCUCGUCCAGCGCAUCGAGGCGAAGGGAAGGCGAGCCAUCUCGAUAACUGGGGAUGUCGCUUCUGAGCAGGACGUCGUCGCAAUCGUCGAGGAGACCGUUAAGGUCCUCGGUGCGCUUGACGUGAUGGUCGCAAAUGCGGGCAUAUCCCUGUUCAAGCCCAUGUUCGACACCACUGUCGAGGAUAUCGACCGAAUCAUGGCCAUAAACGUGCGAGGAGUCAUGCUCUGCUUCAAGCACGCAGCAGCGCACAUGGUCAAACAAGGUCACGGCGGGAGACUUAUCGGCGCAUGCUCUGGCUCGGGGAAGAAAGGAAUCCCCAACAUGUCGGCAUACAGCGCUUCGAAGUUCGCAGUGCGCGGUCUCACGCAGGCUUGCGCUGGUGAACUGGCGCCGCACAAGAUCACAGUGAACAGCUACGCACCAGGAAGUAUCCUGACGCCUAUGGUCCUCCACCCAGACGACGCUAUUAACGGAGGACCAGCGUCCACAGCCAAGAAGGUAGCGGGCCUCCCGCUGAAAACCCCCGACGCAGAGCCGGAUGUCAUCGCCAGCCUCGUAUCCUAUCUCGUCAAGCCGGAAUCAUACUUCAUCACUGGCCAAUCUAUCAAUGUCAACGGCGGUCUGUUCUGCGAUUGAAAGAGGAAUGAAGUUCGGAAGGUUAUCUCGUCCAUGUGUAUGUUUACAGGGUCAUCUGCUAGUCGCCUCUGCAAUGGUCGCAUCUUUGCUUCGAUGGGACACCCUUGUUCACUCGUAAGUUGCAUUGAACCGCCAAAGAGGGCACGUUUGCGUGCUUGAUAUGUCACUCUGCAACGGAAAACAGAUCGUCUGGCAAUGCCACAGUACAUAAAGCCCCGCGCAGCUUGGUAUGUAAGCCCCUAUGCACAAUCCAUCCACGAAGAAGUGCCAAGAGCAGUUGAAUAGCUCACACUAUCCCUCAAACACUCCCGGCCCGAGCUCAAUCCCCAGAUUGCGCUUUGCAAAGCCCCGCAUGCUCCGCUCGAGCUCAUCCUCAAAGCCCUCGCUUGUGAGCCCCAUCUUGUGCCGCAUCCACUGCCGCACCCUGUUUGCCCAAAACGCGAGAUCGAUCA